AUGGUAGGUCCCCAUUUCUGCAGGUCGGGUGGUCUCGCGGCCGAUAGACAACGAGAAGCAGCGACCGCUCAAACACCCGAGCAGCGGCGCCGCAACGCCAAGUUUGCCAAGGAGCAAGAUGCUCGUCGUGGCAAGUCCGAGGCCGAGCUGAAGCGCCGCAACAAGGAGGUGCACAAGUCGCCCGUGUCGCCGGUGAUUUUGGGUCUCCUCGGUUUCGUCGUCUUUGGAGGGCUGGUCUUUGAGGUCUUCUCGCGUUUCUUCGUGUAG